UAGUGUGGUAGCGACAAAUUUCCCUUCGUGGAGAGGACCUUUCCCAUAAACCCUGGGUCAUAGUGUGCUGCUGAUUGUAAUUCUUCUCCAGCAACCAAUCAGCGGAUACUUCCUGUAGCAAUAGAGAGGGAUAGAACGUUUCCAAACAGAACAGAAGAUCAUAGAGAGCACAUCUAGGGGAGAGAGCGCCAAGUCUGAUAUCCCGGUUUAUUAGUAUAGGUGAAGUUGGGUUGCAGUCAUCAUGUCGUACGCCUAUUUAUUCAAGUAUAUAAUCAUCGGAGACACAGGUGUUGGAAAGUCCUGUCUCCUACUACAAUUUACAGAUAAGAGAUUUCAACCUGUUCAUGAUUUGACUAUAGGGGUUGAAUUUGGUGCCCGAAUGAUCAAUAUUGAUGGAAAGCCCAUCAAACUGCAGAUAUGGGAUACGGCUGGACAGGAAAGUUUCCGUUCUAUAACACGGUCUUAUUACAGAGGGGCUGCAGGAGCGCUGCUUGUGUAUGAUAUCACUAGACGGGAGACAUUUAGUCAUCUUACCUCUUGGUUGGAAGAUGCUCGACAGCACUCCAGUAGUAAUAUGGUCAUCAUAUUGAUUGGCAACAAAAGUGACCUUGAGGGUCGUAGAGAUGUUUCAAGGGAGGAGGGAGAAGCAUUUGCUCGGGAACACGGACUUAUAUUUAUGGAAACUUCUGCCAAAACUGCAGCCAAUGUGGAGGAGGCUUUUAUUGGCACUGCCAAAGAGAUAUACAAGAAAAUCCAGCUGGGGCUCUUUGAUGUAAACAAUGAGGCUAACGGAAUCAAAGUUGGACCCCAGCAAUCCUUGCCUGAGCCACUAGGGGGCGCACGGCAAAGCCAGGUGGAAGGGAGAAGUUCAUCUGGAUGUUGCUGAACAAGAUAAAACGGUCAAAUAUGAAAAAGGUCCAACUUCUGGCUCGCCAUAUAUUUGCACCUCUUCCCUAUUUUAGUCUCCUGUCAUUCUCAUCAUGUUUAAAUUGGCCUCUGAGGGGGGUGUUCAAUUUGCGCAGUUUUUUUGACCAGUCGAAAAAACUGCACUUUUCGCCCAUUUUUAGGUCGAAUUUACAUUUGACCUAUUCAAUGCCCAUGCCGUUUUUUCGCCUGGUCGAAAAACCGACAUGGGUGAAAGCCAUAUGGCUCUGCGAAUUUGCCGCCAAUCCACGUGUUUUGUCGAAUUUGUGGGCGUUUGACAGUUUUUGGAUCCGUUUUCACCCAAUUCAACAGAAAAACAAACAAAGGCAUGGGCGAAAAUGGAUUCAAAACCGCCCGCUAUUGAAUACACACAGUUCGAAUUAGUGCUGAUUUUCUAACUUAGAAAAUUUGGCACUAAUUGAAUAUAACAUAGAAACAGAAUUUGACAGCAGAUAAGAACCACUUGGCCCAUUUAGUCUGCCCCUUUUUAUUUAUCCUUUAGGUAAUCCUAAUAUGUUUAUUGCACACUCAAAAGGGAUUCCUUUUUUUAAAAAAAUUAUUUUGUCAUUUCAUUCUGCUUAAUGUAGCAAAAAUUAAUAUCUUUGUUUAUGAAGGUCUAAGAUAUCAAUACAGUGUUCUAGAACAAAUGAGGAGAAAUCUGUUUACAUUUCAUCUGUGGUUCCCAAACUAUGUCCCUAGGCAUCCUGGGGUGCCUCAGAACACUUGCAGGGGUGCCUUGGAUUGGUGGUCCAGGACCAAUUCAGAUUUAUUGUCAAUGUAAUAGGCAAAACCAGAGCUUGUGGCUGCCAAUCAUAAAAUAUGUGGACAAAUAGAAGCAAAUCAUGUGUCUUACCGCAUAAUUAAAUGAUGCCAUAUAAACCACUGCAUUACAUUAUUUUUCCCAUAUAACGUGGAAUUUUAGAGGUAAAUAAUAAUGACAUUAGAUAAUGGUACUCCCUGUUGGCAAGGUAGCUGACUAGUGUCUGGUAGCAGAUUGGCAAAUUUGUACUCACUUUUUGGUGAUCAUUUCUAAUAAGGUGAAUUGAACUCAAAAGAAACAGUGGUGUGAUCCCCUGGUACACACAGCAUGGAAAUUCAGCUUGCCUUCAAACUAAGGGUCUUAUUUAUGUAUUUAUUUCUUUAUUUAUUGUAUUUAAAUACAAAUUGAAAAAUUGUUUUUUUUAAAAACGUUUUGAUUAUAUCUUUUUCAGACUGCGCUGUUUUGUUUAAUUUGAUGUUAUUUUUUAUUUAUUUUAUUUUUUAUGUAGUCCUUAUGUACAUCAUUUUAAUUUAUGUUUUAGCACGUUAAUGCCUGUCGGUAGUCACCAGAAUAUACCAUAAAGUAUAUAGCACUUUAUUUGUUUGUUUUCUGGUUGCCAAUGAAUGUGUUAAUAAACUUUUUCCCAUGAUAAA